GCAGCGACAAUGUUUUCCAACCGAGCGCGGGCGCCAGGGAGGAUGCCACCAAGCUGCUCAUCGUCAUCACGGACGGCAAGAGGUCAGACGGGGACAUGGACCUGACUUCGGUUAUCGCCAAAGCCCAGCAGGCUCAGAUCAUCCGCUGUGCAAUCGGGGUAGGGAACGACUUCGCCAAUGGGAGUGAGGCGGAGGCGGAACUCAGGAAGAUCGCCUCGACGCCCGAGUACCUCAUCCAAGUGCAGAGCUACGAUGACCUCCACAACAUCUUCGAGGGCAUGAAAGCCAAGAUUUACAACAUCGAGGGGACCCAAGGGGCGACCAAUGAGAGUUCGUUCGAGAUGGAGAUGGCUCAGUCUGGUUUUAGUGCUCACGUCACCGAG